GGAAGGAAGGAAAGAAGCCGGGCAGGUGACACCGAGCUAGGUUGCUCCGGCUCGGCGGGCGCGGGGCCGGCGGCAGCAGCGCGGCCACCAUGCACGUCAAUGGCAAGGUGGCCCUGGUCACCGGCGGGGCGCAGGGCAUCGGCAGGGCUUUCGCCCAGGCGCUGCUGGGCAAGGGCGCGAAGGUAGCGCUGCUGGACCGCAACUCCGAGGCCGGGCAGGAGAGCAAGGCGGCCCUGGCCGAGCAGUUUGAAGCGCAGAGGACGUUGUUCAUCCAGUGCGACGUUACGGAUCAGGAGCAGCUGAAAGGUGCUUUCAAAAAAGUAAUUGAACAUUUUGGAAGGCUGGAUAUUGUGGUUAAUAAUGCUGGAGUGAACAAUGAGAAGGACUGGGAAAGCACUAUACAAAUUAACUUGACAUCUGUGAUUAGAGGAACCUACCUCGGCCUAGAAUACAUGGGAAAAGGAAACGGAGGCAAUGGGGGAGUAAUCAUUAAUAUCUCAUCCUUGGCAGGACUCAUGCCUGCUGCAUUCCAACCUGUGUACUGUGCUACAAAGCAUGGUGUAAUUGGAUUCACACGGUCAAUAGCAUUAGCUGCUAAUAUGGAAAACUACGGUGUGAGACUCAACACAAUUUGUCCAGGAUUUGUCAACACACCAAUUCUUCAGUCAAUAGAUAAAGAAGAGAAUAUGGGACAAUAUUAUUCAUAUAAGGAUGAGAUCAAAAAUAUGAUGCAGUUCUAUGGCGUGAUGGACCCAUCAAUAAUUGCUGAGGGACUGAUAACAAUAAUUGAAGAUGAUACUCUAAAUGGAGAAGUUAUGAAGAUUACAGCAUCCCAAGGGAUUCAUUUUCAGCAAUACAGCCAAACACCUUUUACAUCAGCAAAGAGAUAAAUAAUUGUUUUAUGUUAAGUAUUUUUGGCUUUUCUUACACAUAAAAAAUUUUGAAAAGAGUAAUUUUUGGAAAAAAAAUUAGUGUUCUAUCUAGAGCAGUGACAGCGUUCAAACAUUCGCAUCCUAAUAACAAAGAGAUGGACAAGAAAAUCUGGUGUGGGAAGAUGGUAGCAUCCUGUUUUGAUUUUAUAAGCACUACUAAUAGUAUUUAUUCAGUAGAAUAAACAGACUGCUCUGAAGAUUUUUGAUUACCUAGUAAUAGAGACCAGUUUUUUUCCUUCUGGUAGUUCUGAUCUACAUACUCCAAAUGUAUUUUGGUGGACCUGACUUACUUCAUAUAAUUCUUUUUGCUGUCACAAGCGUCUAGUUAUUUACAUCUUUAAUUCUUCAGACCAGGAAUUCAGUUCAGGAAUCUAGAACAGAAAUAUACCUACCCAUAAGGAGUUAACAAUUUACUUUUUCUUAUGAACUGUAAAAUAGAACAAGAGGCAAAAUUCUUUUUCCUCAUUUAUAUAUGCAACCGAAUAUGUUGCAUAUCACACAAGAAAGUACAGAUUUUUAUCUUCUUGGAUUUUAGCUAUUUAUAAAAUAGUUCAGAAAUAUUUUUGUUUUCUUUUAUAGCUAUAUAUAUGAAUUUUCUCUCUCUGUAUAUAAAAGGAUGAAUACUUUGGCAUUGAUUGAAAUGUCUACUUAUUAAAUCUCAUUUUCUAAACCUUUAAAUCUGAUUUCUUGCCUUGAUUGAUUAAAAUCUCAAUUCAAUCCUGAAUAAUCGGGGGGGGUGUUUUAUACAUGCCCAUUUUGGUAUCACAAUAGAUAUUCUUAGAUGGAGCAUGUCAUAUAGUGGCAAUGAAAAUAAAAAAUGAGCUUCCUACCUCCUGAGCACCACUGGACCUUCUGAAGCUAGGUCAAUCCCCAGCUACAUUUAUGAAACAAACCUUGGUAUUCCAUGGGUUACAUGCCUGACAAAAAUAAAUUUUUACAUGGCAAUUUAUUGAAGCUCAUAUCAUAAGAAGAUUUAAUAACUACUGGGAAAGCCAGGAAAAGUUAAUAUUUACCCUCCUUAGAAGUACUGACUUUAAUUUCACUGAUGUAAGCAUUUUUUUUUUCAGCAUUGUAACUGAAAGAGUGGAAACACUAAUAUUUACCUUCUGUGGAAGUCUGGGAGUAAUAAGACUGUGGGGAGACGAAAAGAAGCAGACACACAUACCUUGAAUUACUCAUCAUUCUUCCCCCGCCUUCAUUUUUGGCUAUGUUAACACUAUUUUUAAAGCCUAUUUUGAAUGCACACAUGAUGCUAGCCACACCAUCAGCAUCCCUGAAAGCAUCUGCAUAGCCCUCUGGACUAACAACUACUAUCUGAUCUGAUUGUUUUAAUUUCUACUUUUGUCUCAUUACAAUCAGAGCAUUUCCUAAUACAUGACAGAGUAGUGCAAAAGAUGUUGUCAGGGUUUAACCCCAGCCAGCAACUAAGCACCACACAGCCACUCACCCACUCCCCCCCGACCCAGUGGGAUGGGGGAGAAAAUCAGGAAAAGAAGUAAAACUCGUGGGUUGAGAUAAGAACAGUUUAAUAGAAUAUAAAAAGAAGAAACUACUAAUGAUAAUGAUAACACUAAUAAAGUGACAGCAGUAAUAAUAAAAGGAUUGGAAUAUACAAAUGAUGCACAGUGCAAUUGCUCUCCACCCACCAAUCAACACCCAGUU